UAUUGAGAUUCAGUCAAUCCCAGGCUCCCAUCAAUGGCACCUCCUCUCUUCGGCCGAUCCCCGCCGGAUUACCAUUCUCUCGGCAAGAACCAUCCCAAGAACACCACCAUCGACACCAAUCUCAAUUCAGUUCUCACUCAUCUCACUCUCCAUCCACGAAUAUGGCUCUCUCUUUCCACUCUCUUUAUCAUCAUCGUCGUUCUCUCCUAUCCUCCCCCCAUCCCUUCCUUACUUUCAAUGGAUAUCGACAGAUCCUCGGUCCCAUCUCACUGUCCUUCCGGAACGAUCUACGUCUACGACCUCCCCUCUGUUUUCAACCAAGAUUUGGUCGAUAGCUGCAACGAAUCAGAUCCAUGGCAUUGGCGAUGCAAGGCUGUUUCUAACGAGGGAUUUGGUCCAAUUUCAACAGAGCUUAAAGGGAUCGUGCCUGAUGAUGUUCUUCCGGCUUGGUAUUGGACGAAUCAAUUCUCGGCAGAGAUUUUAUUCCACCACCGGCUGUUGAAUUACAGAUGCAGAACGAUGGAGCCGGAAUCUGCAACAGCGUUCUACAUGCCGUUUUAUGCAGGACUGUCGGUGGGUAGGUAUUUAUGGGAGAAUCGAACGAUGAGAGAUCAUGACAGUGAAACAAUGCUUAAAUGGGUACAAGAUCGACCUUACUGGAAAAGAUCAAACGGAUCGGAUCAUUUCUUAGUCAUAGGUCGUAUAACAUGGGAUUUCAGACGAAUGGAUUCGCCGGACGCCGAUUGGGGAUCUAGUUUCUUCAACAUGCCGGCGAUGCGUAAUGUGACCCGACUCAUAGUCGAACGUGCUCCGAAUGAAGAAUACGAGAUCGGACUUCCAUACCCGACCGGUUUCCAUCCAAGAUCCGAAUCCGAUAUAACCAUAUGGCAACAAUUCGUCCGCACGCGCCGCCGCGAGAAACUCUUCUCCUUCGUCGGAGCAUCCCGUGCCGAUCAGAAAGCCGAUUUCCGAACGAUUCUCAUGAGUCAAUGCCGUAACGAGUCCGACUCGUGCCGACUCAUCGACUGUAACAAAGCCGAGUGCGCCUACGGUAAAACGAAGAAUCUCGAGACGUUUAUGGAAUCGGAGUUCUGUUUACAACCGAAAGGCGAUAGUGAUACGAGGAGAUCGGUUUUCGAUUGUAUGUUAUCUGGUUCGAUUCCUGUUUUCUUUUGGGAUCGAACGGCGUAUCGUCAGUAUCAGUGGUUCUUACCGAGUAAUCGUUCGAGUUACUCUGUUUAUAUUGAAGAAGACGAUGUACGGAAUGGAUUAUCUGUUAAAAGGGUUUUGGAGAAAUACAGUAAGAUUGAGGUGGAGAAGAUGAGAGAAAAGGUGAUUGAAUAUAUACCUAAUUUCUUGUACGCGAAGCCACGGCUAGGUUUGAAUCGGACGAGUGAUGCUUUUGAUAUUGCUGUGAAUGGAAUACUGAACAGAAUCAGGGAGAAGAGAGAACAAUCGGAAUCAAAUGUGUAGAAGAGGAUUGAUUAUAGGUGUAAAUACGACCACGUUGGAGUGGAGAAAAGAGCUGGAGCUUGAUGAUUACUAAUGGCGGAGAGCGAGUUCGACUGAGUUGGAUUCCGAGUUUGAAGAUGGUGGUUUUGACGGUUCGGAUCGGGAGAGUUGUGGGUGGAAAAUGAAACUAUGAUAAUUUAGGGAGGAAAUCACGGAAACUGGAAUUAUAAUUUUAUAAUUUUUAUUUUUAUUUUGAUUUGAGUGUGAGUAUUGUUUUUUUCAAUAUAUUAUAUAUAAAAUAUAUACUAACAUGCUUUGAGAUGUC